AUGGCCGUCGAGGGACAAACCAAGGUGAUUCCUCCGUUCCUUUCUUUGAUUCCGUUUUUUUUGUCUGAAAUAUAAGAGUUAAGGAGCAAAAAGAGCGUAGCGCCGUGGUGAAAAGGGCAAGGCAGAGCCAAUGGCCGGCGAUUCCGAUGGACGAAGCCUUGAAGGCGAUCGAAACCUUGGCCAGGAAGUUUCAGCCCGAAUCCAAGUGCUUUCCUGUCGCUGCUCUACAGCCUGGUUAUUACAAAAAGCCAGGAAUAUUUCUUGAAGUUGAGAAAUUUCAGGAAGAGUCUUGGCAGAGCAAAUAUUCGCUCCGGAAGACGUUCCAAGAACUCGAACUUCAAUCAAAGAUGGCUACGCAGUGAUUGGUAGCUUCCUAGAAAUCAAAAAUAUGAUUUUUUUAAAAAUAUUCUAGCCUCGGACGGAGCCGGAAAAAGGGAAGUCAUCGGUUUCUCAACAGCUGGAGGGCCUUCCAAUCAAACUGUGAAUUUUUUUUCCCAGAAAAAAAUAAUAAAAACAUGAUUUCCAGCUCAAACCGGGUCAGUGCAUCCGAGUGAGCACUGGAGGGGUCAUUCCAGCCGGAGCCGACGCGGUCGUUCAAGUUGAAGACACGGAGCUGCUCAAGGACGAUGUAUUGAAAAUUAUCGAUUUUUGAGUCGAUUUCGAUUUUUCAGGGCGAAAACGAGCUGGUUAUCAAGAUUCUGAAAGCGCCAAGUGUUUCUCAGGAUAUUCGGUUUGUCUUGGAAUCGAGAAAAUUUUGUUGAAAACGGGCAAAUUUUUUAAAAAAAAGCUUCGUGUUGUAAAUAACAUUGGAUUUAAGUGAUUUUAAGCUUCAAAUGUUGUAAAUUUUCGAUCAAAUUUUUCGUUUUUUUAUCAAAAGUAUGUACAAAAAAUUUGUUCCUGGCUGUUUGAAGUAUACAAGAAAAACAAUUUUUAAAAGGGAAAAAUGUUUUUAAAAAAAGCUUUUUGUCAUGAAUAGUUGUGAACUGAUGUAUUUUUGAACUUCAAAAUUCUGUAAUUUUUCGAUCCGAUCUCCGUUUUUUUUUCAAAAAUAUGUACAUGGAACCGUUCUAGGCAGUUUGAAGUAUAUUUGAAAGAUCAAUAAUAAUUUUUUUUACGGGAAAAAGUGUUUGAAAAACGUUUUCAAAAAGACUUCGUGUCGUAGACAACUUCGAGUUCAAAGUUUUUUUAACGUUUAAUUUUUGUUAAUUUUCCGAUCAAAGCUCCGUUUUUUUCUUUCAAAAUAUGUGCAUAAAUUCCUUCUCGGAUGUUUGAAGUAUAUUUCCAGAAACAAGAAGAUUAUGUUAAAAGCUGGGAAAUUUUUAAAAAGCUUCUUGUCAUAGAUAAGUUCAAAUUUAAGCGAGUUUUAAGCUUUAAAUUUUGCUAUUUUUUUCAUUCAAAGCUCUGUUUUUUUCUGUAAAUAUAUGUAUAUAAAACCGUUCUUGGCUGUUGGAAAGUGUAUUUACAGAAUCAAGAAAAUUUUUUAAAAACAGAAAAUUUUCGAAAACAUCAUCAAAAAGCUUCGUGUCAGAUAACUUCAAAUUUAAGUGAUUUUAAGCUUCAAAUUUUGGCUAUUUUUUUGAUGAAAGCUCCGUUUUUUUCUUUCAAACUGUGUACAUAAAAACCGUUCUAGGCUCUUUGAAGUAUAUUUCAGAAACAACGACAAUUUUUUUGAAAAAGACGGGAAAAUUUUUUAAAAAAGCAUUCAAAAAGAUGUUUUGUCGUAGAUAACAUUGGAUAUAAAGUGAUUUCUAAGCUUCAAACUUUUAGUAAAUUCUUUGAUCAAUAGCUGCUUUUUCCUUUCAAAAAUGAUGUACAUAAAAUCGUUCUUUGCCUGUAUGAAGUGUAUUUCAAGUAUCAAGAAAAUCUUUGUUAAAAAGCUGGGAGAUCUAUUACAUGUUUUUAAAAAGUCUUCGCUUCGUAUAACUUUAAAUUUGAUUUUUAAAGCUUCAAAUUUUGCUAUUUUUUUUGAUCAAAGGUCCGUUUUUUUCUUUUCAUAAAUGCGUACAUGAAAACCAUUCCUGCCAUUUUGAAAUAUAUUUCAUUUUCCAGAGAAAAAGGAUCGGACGUUAAGCUCGGCAGUUUGUUGCUGGACGUCGGCUGCGAGAUGGGUUCGGCGGAAAUCGGCCUUCUGAACGCUUUUGGCAUUCAACACGUGGAAAUCUAUCGCAAGCCUCGUGUUUGUGUCCUUUCCACUGGUAACGAGGUUGGUUUUCAGUUGAUUUCACGGAAUAUUCUUGGAUUUUUAUCGGAUAAAUAGCUUUAUUUUUUGUAGUUACGCUCAGAAAUUUUGUGUUUUCCACAUUUCCGUAAAUGAAUUAUUGUAUGAGAAAGGAAAUAUAGUUGGUUUUCAGUUGAUUUUUAGGGAAUAUUUUCCGAUUUUUUUAUUCUUUUUUUCAUAGUUUUUUUACCGAGUAAAAAAAUCGAAUUAAGAGCAUUAAUUUUUGUAUUUUUUUGCUCAAAAAGUUUGCAUUUUCUAUAUUUAUUCCAUCAAUUUUUGUGUGAGAAAUGAAAAAAAGGUGAAUAAUAUUUUUUUUAAUGUCACUUUGUAGAUAGAAAAAUUUUUUUUACUAUUCUGAGAAAUUCGUGUAUUUUGAAGUUUUAAUGUUCUUUUCUUCGUGUAGAAAGGGUUCUUCAGCUUCAUUCUCAUCUAUUUAUUUCACUGAAACUCAAAUCAUUUUCUAAAAUAACUUAUUCUUUCCAUGGUUUUUAGAUUCGUCUCAGUAUUCAUGCCAUUUUUCGCGAAAUUCGAAUUUUUCUCUUACUCUCCAAAAUUUAGUUAUCUUUUUAACUUUUUGACGGCUUUUUUUAAUCACUUUGGACACGGUUUUACAUGUUUUUAGUGCUGUGUGGGAGUUUUACUUCAAAGGUUUUGAAUUCCCGGGCAAAAAAUGGUGGAUAAUGGCUCAAAAAAGGCUGCAAAAAGGGUCCUUUUAUUGAGCCUUCCAUUUUUCUGAGCUGAAGGAAUGGUGAAAAAAGAAGAGGCAGCAAAAGUGGUGCAUAAUAGGCGAUAAAAUGACGCGAAAAGACAGGAAAAUGGAACCUUUUUUACCCUAAAAGGAACAUUCUUAUACUUUGCCUAUGUCGUUAAUUAAUUCUGUUCCCUAUUCAUUGUUUAUUCCAAGCUCGUCGAGCCGUACAUGCCCCAAGUGCCACUGGGCCACAUCCGCGACUCGAAUCGUUCCCAGCUUUUGGCCCUUUUCCGCGGCCAGAACUUCAAGGCCAUCGACGCCGGCAUCGCGCUCGACAAGUGAGCGUCCUUUCUCGUUUUCUCUGAGCGGGAACCUGAUUUUUGCACUUUCUGAGGGACGAUUUCAGAGUUGAAACUCUGGAAUACGCCAUAAGCGUUGCCAGCCAGUUCGCCUCGGUCAUCGUGACGUCUGGGGGCGUCAGCAUGGGCGAGAAGGAUCAUCUGAAGGAGGUUCUGCAGGAUCGCCUGAACUUGAAGGUGGAUAAGUGAUAAGGAAUGUGGGAAAACCCAAUGGAAACGGGAAAAUAAAACAAAAAAGAUGAAUGUAGUGCUUUUAAGAGGGCUAUAAAGUCUCCGUAAGGUUCUGAAAGGCGCUUAGGGAUUCCAGAGUGGUCCCUGUAGGGGUAAGAGGUUAAAAUAGCCCCUAUAGGGGGUUAUAACUUUUCUAUGAGGUUCUGGAAGGUACUUAGGAAUCCAAGAGUGGUCCCUUUAGGGGUGAGUGGUUAAAAACAGCCCCUAGUCCCCUACAGGGGGCCAGGGGGGGUCUAUAACGUUUUCUACGAGGUUCUGACAAAGGUAGCUCUAGAGAUUCAAAAAGUGGUCUCUAUAGGGGCAAGGGGAUAGGGGGCCGGAAAAGUGGUCCCUAUAGGGGUUCAACAUCUGAAAGAUUAGCCCCUAAAGCUUAAAGUCGUCCCUAUAGGGGUUCAAGAUCUGGCAAGUUAGCCCCCUGAAGCUUAGAGUGGUCCCUAUAGGGGUCUUUCAAUUCCAUUUGAAACGCUUAUUUAUUCAGUUUUUUUCCAUGGAAAUGCUUCUUCGUAUAUAGUACAUGAAAAGCAUUUCCCUUAUAAUCUCUAGUGGCCCCUAUAGGGGUUGGUAAAAUGGUCCCUAGAGGCGAUUAUCCAAGAGCCUUCAAGAUUACCCCUAUAGGGACCACUCUGGAAUUUCUAGGUACAUUAUUGACAAAUAUUAGGAAAUUAACCUUUUUAAGAGUGAAAAGGCAUGGCAAGAAUGAAAAAAAAGGAAGUUUUUCGAGAUUUCGAUCCAAAUAAUGCAUUAGAAGACGAUUGAGUUGUUCAACACCAGGUUUCAGAUCCAAUUCGGCCGGGUUUGGAUGAAACCGGGCCUUCCUUGCACCGUGGCCCAUGGUUCCAUUGCCGACCGGGAAGUUGUCGUUUUUGCGCUCCCAGGUGAACUUUUAAGGCAGCUAACCAUCAAAAAAGCUCCAGACUGCGUUUCGAAAAAACAGUUUCUAACUGAAUUUCAGGAAAUCCGGUCUCGUCUUGGGUCUGUGCUCACCUCUUCGUCAGCCCCUUGCUCCGUUUCUCAGCCGGCCUUUCCAGGCUUCACGCCACUAAAAUCCGCGUCAAGGUUAAUUUUUCAGUGAUCCUUCAAGGGCUAGCUUGAAAUCGGCUUCUUCUCGAUUUUUAGAAGAAAGUAGGUUUUAUAGGGAUCCUUCGAGGGGUUUUGGAGGAUGAUGCCCCUUUUUCAGUAGUUACCCUCCUUUUGUAGCUCCAAAAUGGCUUCUUUUUGAUUUUUCUAAAAGGAAGUCGAUUUUUCAGCGAUCCUUCAAGGGAUUUUUAAAAAUAAUGGCCUUUUUCAGUCUUUAUCCUCGUUUUUCAAGCUUCAAAUUGGCUUCAUUUUGUUUUUUCUAACAGUAAUAGGUCCAUAGUUCAUUCCUUUUCUUAUUUUUCAGUUUUUUGUUCUUCAAAACGCUUCCAAAAUCCGCGUCCAAGUAGAUUUUUCAGUGAUCCUUCAAGAGUUUUUUUGAAGAAAAAAGCCACUUUUCAGCACUUAUCCUGUUUUUCUCGCUUCAAAUCGGCUUCUUUUCGAUUUUUCUGCAACAAAUUAGAUUUUUUUCAGUGAUCCUUCAAGGAAUUUUUUAAAAAAUAAUGCUCUUUUUCAGUACUUAUUUUGUUUUACUCUCUUCAAAUCGGCCUCAUUUCGAUUUUUCUGUCAGAAUAAGCUUAGUAGUUUCAUUCAUUUUUUUUUUCUCUUGAACUUUUUCUGUUCUUUGGAACUUCCAGAUAUCAAAAAUGUUCGUUAUCCGUUCUGAAUCUGACUUUUUGAGGUCAUCAAAUCAGUUUUAGUUCAAUUUGAAAGAAGACUUUCGAAUUAAUCCACUUCCCAGGGUCAAUUCUUGAUAUCAUCAUUUUCGAAGUGAAAUAAGAAUUUCCCGAUUUUCAGGCCGCUGAAGAAAUCAAGCUUAGCCCGAGGCCAGAAUAUUGCCGCGCUUGGAUCGAUAUGGAAAAAGGUGGCGAUUUGCCGGUCGCUACUCUCACUGGCAAUCAGAUCUCAUCAAGGUUCGGAAAGUGCGCUCCAAGGAGAAAAUUUUAAAUGUUUUCUCAAAUAGCUUCUUUAGAAGCUCCAGAGUGGUCCCUAUAAGGGCAACCUUAAAGGCCUCGGAGGGUCUCUUCUAGGACCCCUAUAAGAGCCACUAAAGCUUGCAAAAGUGGUCAAAAAUUAUUAAAUAAGCGUUUCUUAAUGCAAUCGCAAGACCCUUAUAGGGGCCUCUGAAGCUUUAGGGUCUAAGGCAUCAGACCCUACAUCGCUAUAGGGUCCACCUUGAUUUCACCCCUGUAGGAGCCACUUUUUCGGCCCCUGUAGGGCUGCUUUUCCUCCCUAAAGAGACCACUAUCAAAUCUCUAAGUUGGGCUAAGAACACAAGUGAAAAAAAGCUCUUUUUUCGAUUCAUUGCAUCGUUUUCUCACAUUUUUGUAAUUUUAGGACCUAAUUUUCUUUCAAAACCUUCAAAAAUGUCUUCCAGACUGAUGAGCUUGGUUGGAGCCCAAGUCCUGCUCAUCCUGCCACAGAAAGGACAAAUUUCUGAUGGUUCCAAAAUCAAGGAGAAAAUCGAAGCCGGCGAGAUCCUGGACGCCAUCGUCGUCGGACCCAUUUGA